GGAGGAUAUCUCAGUUCCUCUUAAGGCCUUCCCCUUAACCCUCAUGUCUAUGCUAAACACCCACAGCUCUUCACUCAUCCACUCCCCCACAUACGGAAAUCAACAUUGGUUUAAGCAAUAACCAUGGAGGAUGAGCAGCAUGACCAUUCCUUGGAUCUGUUUAGCAUCAGCGACAACACCAGCUAUCCAUCGUACGUCUUGGAUAUGGCUAACAAUAGUGAGAACACAAGCGUUCCAGAUUACGUGGAUGAAACGCCCGUCGAACUCUGCUCUGCAUCAAAUGUCAACCAAUUGGGCUCGGCCAUCAUUCCUUAUUUCUACUACAUCAACUUCCUCCUGAGUUACUUGGGCAACUGGCUUGUUUUGUUCAUCAUCGUCAAGCUUGAGAAGGUCAACAGCGUCACUAACAUCUUCCUCAUCAAUCUGGUCACCUCCAACAUCCUGUUUGCAUCCAGCUUCCCCUUCCUGGCCAAAUACCAUUCCUCCGAGUGGAUCUUCGGCACGGUGCUUUGCAAGUUGGUCAGCAGUGCCCAUCUGAUUGGUUUCUACAGUUCCAUCCUCUUCCUCACCCUGAUGACCUUUGACCGCUACCUGGCCGUGGUGCACGCGGUGUCCGCUGCCAAGAGCAGGAGGAGGGCGUACGCCAUCGGGGCGUCGUUGAUCGUUUGGUUCAUCAGUGUGCUGGCCAGUCUAAAUGAGCUGGUGUUCAAAGGCGUGCGGAAGCACAGCGAGCACGGCCUGAUGUGUGAGGAGACAGGAUACGAUGCCGACGUCGUCGAACAGUGGAAUCUGGUCAGCUACUACAUGCAGUUCCUCCUCUUCUUCCUGCUGCCCCUCUUCAUGGCGAUGUACUGCUACACCUGCAUCACCGUGCGGAUCAUGUCCACUCGCAUGAGGGAGAAAUGGCGCUCGGUGAAGCUGAUAUUCAUCAUCAUGUUCACCUUCUUCGUAUGCUGGACUCCCUAUAACAUCGUGAUCCUGCUGAAGGCCAUUCAGAUCUCCACAGCCGACGAUGCAAACCGGAAGUGCGAUCAGGUUGAGGCGUUGAACUAUGCGUUGUACGUGACCAGAGACAUAGCGUUCUUGUAUUGUUGCAUCAGCCCCAUGUUCUACUCCUUUGUGGGUAAGCGGUUUCAGAGUAACUUCAGGAAUCUGUUGUCGAAGAACAUGCCUUGUCUGGCACGUCAACUCAGACCCGCUAGUCUGAGCAGCAAGUCCACCGCACAAAGGACAUCCCACACAAACGACUUUUAACGCUUGGGAGACAAUGUACUUUGUUUGAAAUUGGAUAAUUGGAUGGGAAAAUGGAUAAUUAAAUUUGAUGAUGUUUAUUGUUUUGUCAGUUUUACGUUUAAAUGUAGUCAUUUAGCAUAUACCUUGUAGAUGAAUAUCUAAUAAUUAAUUGCAAUUAUGUAGCACUCUUUUUUAAGACACUCAAAGUGCUUUAAUCAGUUAGUUAGUUUAUUAGUGGUCCCCUUAGGGAAAUUAUUUUUCACACUUUCCUUCCGUCAUUUCCCAAAUAGUGAGUUUGUGGUUGAGAAUAACACCUCAUAUUAACGAGGCUGAGAACAAUCUAAGUUUGUAUUGAUUUUAGAGAAGUUACAUUUAGGAGGAUGAAGAGUCGCAAGAGGAAGUGUAAAAUAACGGAGUUGUACUGCCAAGGCCGUGAACUAGCUUUGUCAUGACAACAUUAGCAAUUUUUUCCAGUUUUGUGUGAAAUCUAAUUCUAAAGAGAGAAUAUGAUAGAAUUUGAAUUUAGAAUUUCUGCAUUUUAACUGUUAUGUUGUAAAACCAUUUUGUGUUGCGUAAGCGUUGUUGUAUUUCUACUGUUAUUUCAUUUUAGUUGUAAGGAAAUUAUUUUUCACAGUUUCCCUCCGUCAUUUCUCAAAUAGUGAGUUUGUGGUUGAGAAUAACAGCUCAUAUUAACGAGGCUGAGAACAAUCUAAGUUUGUAUUGAAUUUAGAAUAGCUACAUUUAGGUUCUCGAAGGAUGAAAAAUCGCAAGAGGAAGUGUAAAAUAACGGAGUUGUUCGGCCGUCAACUAGCUUUGUCAUGACAACAUUGCCAAUUUGAACCACUUUUGCUUGAAAUAUAAUUAUAAAGAGAGAAUAUAGUAUAUAUUGAA